AUGCAGUUAUGUAAAGCCAUAAAAGAUAAUCGAUUAUUUAAACGUAAUCUUGAUAUGGAGCAAGAACUAAUAGAUUCUCUUUCAUCCACUUCCAAUCUUUCUGUAGAUAAAAUUGUGAACUACAUAAACUCGUCAGAUGAAACAUUACAAUUACUGGGAAUUCAAGCUUACGUAAAAUUAAAACGAAACAAAAAUCCUUCUAUAAAUGAUACGAUGGAAGCCGACAUCUGCCGGACACUCUCUUACCUUACCGAUGGAUUUAUCGAUAAUGUACAAGCAAUAAUGGAAACUGUAGACAUUCUACCGAAACUUUUAGAGUGUCUGAUAUUGAGGAAAGAAACUAUCGUUAUUCCAGCAUUGCGUACAGUAGGAAAUAUAGUGACAAUUGGUGAUGAUGCACAUAAGAAUGCUGUAAUUUCCGCGGGAGGAUUGUCGCGUCUUGGUGACGUGUUACGAUAUUAUUUGUGUAUCGAUGAGGAAGAUAUUGUAAAAGAAGCUUUUUGGGUAAUUUUUAAAAUGGUGGACAAUACAGAUCGAAUUCAAAGUGUAAUGAAUGCUGAUUUGUUACCACUACUGAUAGAAGGACUUCAGUUUGGAAAUGCACAAAAAAUAGCCACAUGGAUUGUAAUUGCCUUGAUAACUAGAGGAACGAUUCAACAUUUAAUCCAAUUAAUACAAGCUGGCGUAUUGCAAGCUUUUUGUAAUUUACUUGAAUCAAACAAUUGUCUAAAUAUUAUUAAUGCCUUAAUUGGCAUGGCUGAAAUCUUGCAUGCAGCAGAGAAAGUAGGACAAGCAGAAAAACUUGCCAUUAUGAUCGAAAAAUUUGGAGGAUUAGAUAAAAUAGAAGAUCUUCAAUAUCAUAAGAAUGAACGAAUUUAUACAGAAUCUUUGGCUAUAAUCAACGCGUAUUUUCUCCAAAGGGAGGCACGAAUAAAUGAAGAUACAUUAUCAGUAGAGCUAUGUAAAGCCAAAGAAGAUGAUCGAUUGUCAAAUCUUGAUACGAAUCAAGUAUUACCAGAUUUAUUAAACGUAAAUAUUACAUUAACUUCCCGUCUUUCUAUAGAAGAAAUUGUAAAGUACAUAUAUUCAUCAAACGAAACAUUACAAUUAUUGGCAAUUCAGAAUUACAAAAUCUUAAUAUGUGAUAGAAUAUAUGAUGCGAAUAAUAUAGAAGAUGACAUAGUAUCACGUAGUAUUGAACUCGUAGAUAGCUGUCGCAAUUUUCGCUUACAAUUGGAAAUAUUGCAUGUAUUGACUCGCAUGAGUUUGGGUACAUUCAAACAAAAGCAAAGUAUUAUAAAACAUGGAGUAAUAUCAAAAUUAGUGAAGCUAUUUGACUCCACAGUGUCUUUUAUUUCAAGAAAAGCAGUGCAUAUUUUAGGAAAUAUAACGAAAGAUAUACCUUAUGCACGUGAUAUCGCUCUUAAUCAUGCUGCUUUACCCCUUUUGAUUAAAUUUAUUACAUCUGAGACCCCAAUAGCAUUCAUGUGCAGCAUCGUAAGGACUAUGACUUGUUUAUGUAAAAAGUCGAAUCCACCUUUAUCCCUUGAAUGGAUUAGACCUAUUCUACCAGUAUUUAAUUAUCUAUUUACUCUUCGAAAUGAAAACAUAAUUUCAUUGCGCACAAUUGCACAUAUAGUAGAAUCAGGUGAUUCUUAUAAAACAAGUGCUGUAAUUUCCGCUGGAGGUUUGUCGUAUCUUUGUACCUUUUUGCGAAAGUGUUUCAUCGACGAAAAUAUUGUAGCGGAAGCUGUUUCGGCAAUCUACAAAAUGGUUAAUACCAAAGAAGAAAUCCAAUGUGUGAUAGAUGCUGGUUUAUUACCACAUUUGAUAAAAAUACUUAAAUUUGGAACAGAAGAGGCACAAUAUGUAGUUGCAUGGACUAUAUUGGAUAUAAUAGCGGUAGGAUCAAUUGAACAUUUGAACAAAUUAGUAGAUGUCGGCUUGUUAUCAGCUUUGUGUAAUUUAUUGGAAGUAGAGAAUUACAAUAAUAUUAUCAAUGCCUUAGAUUGUCUAACUGAAAUCUUGCAUGCUGCACAGAAAGUAGAACAAACAGAAAAAUUUAUUAUUAUGAUUAAAGAAGCUGGAAUAAUAGAUAAAAUAGAAACUAUUCAAGAUCAUCAUGACGACGUAUAUUCAACUACACAUAUUUUUCUAGAAAAGAUAAAAAAUAACUUAUCGAUUAAAGAGGAAUCAAGGCAGAAAGAAUUUCAUAUGAAAAAUGAAUUAACAAAUUAA